AUAUAGUAUACGUCAGUUCACGGUGUGGCCGCGUGUUUAGAAAAAGCAAAUCAAAACGGAAAUCACAAAUGGAAGAAAAACAGAAUGAAGAAAAAAAUAUAGUUGUAUAUAGAAAAAAUGAAAUUAUACAGCACGUACGCGUUCUCGUAAUCAAAGAUUACGCCUACAAUAAGUAUAUAUACGAGUCGAUCGAUUAGCCAGAGGAAACUAGUUGAAACUUUCUGUAAUCUUCGAGGGGUUCCAGCAAUCGCUUAGGUAAACUAGCGAUUCUGCGAGGUGCAACGAGGUUAAGCGUUUAAUCAUCAAGAAAUCUAAUAGAACACCUUAGUGUUUUCAAGGUUUUAAAUUUAUUUUGGAAGCACAUUUCGCUUUAUUUGUUUUCUCUUUUAUUUGGUACAACAUUUGUUUGAGCUCAUUAAAACGCCAAGUUCAAAAGGCAUCAAACGCGGCGCGUCUAAACAAACAACCCGUAAAAUAAUUCGACUGAAGGAUUAAUGUGAGACCAAUUUGUCGGAGUUUGUUGUUGCUAUUUUCCGUUCAAUUGAGUGAACUUUCUGUUCGAUUGAGCGCAAUUGAUUAACAGAUUAAUCAGCCAGGGAGAGCGUAAGAUGCUCUUUAUUAUGAUUAUUAUAGUUAUAUCAAGUCUAGAAAAUGCACAGAGCCGGAGAACUCAGCAUAAGUGGAAUUUUUAUAAUCAAUUAGGCGAGAGUAACUAGUUCAAGGUCACCACAAGCUAAAGCACCUAAAAAUCGGGGCGGCAAACAAAACGUAAAAAAUCAUAACAAUAACAUAAUAAACAUGUUCUUGAACCGAAAAACCCAAAGGAAUCGAAAAAGUGUUCAUUAUCAAAUUGAGUGUAAUUGAUUCGGUUAAUUGAGUGAGUGUCUACCAUGAGAAGAUAGGGAUUCUGUUUGUGUUUUCAUUAUUGGAUUAUCUCAAGAGUGCUGAUGAAUAUAAUAUAAAAGUUUCGCAAGUAAUCGACAGGCCCCCAAACCCCAAAUGUUCUGACAAUAAUGCAAAGUUUAUGGAAAUAUAGAAUAAAGGAAGAUAUCGUGUAAGGCAAAUCCUUAAGCCAAAAUUGAAAAUCAGAUAAUUGAUUCACCUGUUUUAAAAAUGGGGGAAGUUCUCGAAGAGAGUGAUCAUCGCAGUCUUAGUAAUUGGUUAAAUGUGAACGAUACGAAUGGCACAAUUCACCUGACCAAGGAUAUGGUUUUUAAUGAUGGCCAUCGAUUGUCCAUCACAGUCUACAGCAUACUGUUUGUGAUCUCAACAAUUGGCAACAGCACCGUACUAUAUCUGCUGACCAAGCGGCGACUACGAGGCCCAUUGCGGAUUGAUGUGAUGCUAAUGCAUCUGGCCAUCGCAGACCUCAUGGUGACGUUGCUCCUGAUGCCAAUGGAAAUUUUUUGGGCCUGGACGGUUCAGUGGCUCUCCACCGAUCUGAUGUGUCGCCUAAUGAGCUUCUUCCGCGUUUUCGGCCUGUACUUGUCCAGCUACGUGAUGGUUUGCAUAUCGCUAGACAGAUACUUUGCCAUCCUGAAGCCACUGAAGCGGUCCUACAAUCGGGGACGCAUCAUGCUGGCCUGUGCCUGGCUAGGCUCUGUCGUGUGCAGCAUUCCCCAGGCCUUUCUCUUCCACCUGGAGGAGCAUCCCAAAGUUAGAGGCUACUUUCAAUGCGUCAUCUUCCACUCGUUCAGAAGCGACUUCGAAGAGAAGCUCUAUCAGGCGGCCUCUAUGUGCAGCAUGUACGCCUUUCCCCUGAUCAUGUUCAUCUACUGCUACGGAGCCAUAUACCUGAAGAUCUACCGGAAGAGCCAGCGCGUUCUGAAGGACGUGAUCUCCGAGCGUUUCCGGCGCUCCAACGACGAUGUUCUCAGCAGGGCCAAGAAACGGACCCUCAAGAUGACGAUCUCCAUUGUGAUCGUGUUCAUCAUUUGUUGGACCCCGUACUACACCAUCUCCAUGUGGUACUGGAUGGACAAGCACUCCGCGGACAAGAUCAAUCCCCUGGUCCGGAAGGCUUUGUUCAUCUUCGCCUCGACAAACUCCUGUAUGAAUCCUUUGGUCUACGGGCUCUACAACAUUCGUGGGCGUAUGAACAACAAUAAUCCGUCCGUGAACAACAGGCACACAUCGCUGUCCAAUCGCCUGGACUCAUCCAAUCAGCUGAUGCAGAAGCAGCUGACCAACAAUUCGUUGCUCAAUGGAAAGGGUCAAGCGGUGGCAGCCGCCGUGGCGGCCACCACAAAGUUGGCCAACGUGGUGGGUCUGAAGGGCACUGCCAACUCCAAUGGAUCAGCGGCAUCAGCGGAAAUAGGGGUCACCGCGCCCCGGGCAGUAUCCAUUGCCCCGCUGGCCAGUGACGACGAGGCCAACGACGAUUCCAGCCUCAGUGCGGUCACCAUCAGGUGCCAGGAUCCAUCCAGGUUCCGCCAGAAUUGUGGCGACUCCAUCGAAAUGACCAGUGUGGUUAAGUAA